AUGUCGACCAACCUUCGAACAGAUUCAUCAGACUACCGAACGGAGCUUCUGUCACCUGCUCCAGCUGGAGAGGAUGUGACUAUGGCAAGUGAACAAUAUUGGCGACUCAGCAUGGAUAAGUUUCACCUUCCAGAGAGACGCAUGGAUUCUUCAUAUUUUAGCCUUGGAUAUUUUCUCAAGGCCUCAAGGACACAGAGAAAAAUUUCAGAGUAUUACAAUAGGCAGGAAAAGCUUCUCAAAGGGUUCAAUGAAGUGGACGCAUUUAAUGAAUUAGGCAUUUUGCCAGGGAGUUUGACUGAGGGGGAAAUGAAGCAGCUAGCAAGAAGUGAGAGGGCGGCAAUAUAUGCAUCUAAUGCGGCGAAUUUGGUGCUUUUCUUGGCAAAAGUUUAUGCUUCUGUUGAGAGUAGAUCAUUGGCAGUCAUAGCAUCAACCUUGGACUCUUUACUGGAUCUCUUGUCAGGCUUUAUUUUGUGGUUUACUGCUUAUGCAAUGAGAAAACCAAAUCAGUAUCGGUACCCUAUUGGCAAAAAUAGGAUGCAGCCUGUUGGAAUUGUUGUUUUUGCAUCAGUAAUGACUACUCUGGGAUUGCAAAUAUUGUUUGAAUCAGGUCGAGAACUGAUUAUCAAGGCACAACCUGAAAGGGAUCAUGAAAAGGAAAAAUGGAUGAUUGGGAUUAUGGUAUCAGCGACAGUGGUAAAAUUGGUGCUCACUGUUUAUUGUCGCAGAUUUGAAAACGAAAUCGUGAGGGCAUAUGCUCAAGAUCAUUUCUUCGACGUCAUUACUAACUCUAUUGGACUGGGAACUGCUGUUUUAGCUAUCCAAUUCUACUGGUGGAUUGAUCCUCUCGGGGCAAUUCUUAUAGCAUUGUACACAAUGGGGAAUUGGGCAAAGACAGUGAUGGAUAACGUGUGGGCACUAGUCGGGAGAACAGCACCGCCAGAGUAUAUAGCGAAGCUGACAUACUUAAUUUGGAACCACCGUGAAGAGAUUAGUCACAUCGAGACUGUUAAAGCAUACACAUUUGGUUCUCACUACUUUGUGGAGGUUCACAUAGUUUUGCCUGAGGACAUGUCCCUUGGCCAAGCUCAUAAUAUUGGACAGACUCUUGAAGAUAAGCUGGAGCAACUUCCUGAAGUAGAACGAGCUUUUGUUCAUGUGGAUUUUGAUAUCAUUCAUCGGCGAGAGAACAAGCCAAAGGCGGCAUGA